CCAGAGCGGUGCCGCUGCCCAAAUCCUCACAGGCAGGCAGCUCAUCAAGGCACUCGCCCCUCCUGGUAGAGGCCCGACCCGCGCGUCCCGGUGUCUGGUGUCUGUGUGUCCGUCUGCGGGACGGUCUGCGCCGGUGGCACCUCUCCCCACCCCCCGCCCCCCGCCCCGAGCGCCUCCCCCCCAGCCCCCCACACACCGGGAGCCCCACCCUGCAGGAGCGCAGCUCGUCCGCACAGUCCCUGAGCUCAGCAUGCGUCCUGCAGCCAUCAGGAACUUCUUGCUGCUGGCCUCCUCCCUUCUCUUCGCGGGGCUGUCAGCUGUUCCUCAGAGCUUCUCGCCAUCUCUGAGAAUUGGGCCGGGUACCGCGUGCAGGCUGUCCCGGGCCGAAUCGGAGCGCCGGUGCCGCGCGCCCGGGCAGCCCCCAGGGGGCGCUCUGUGCCAUGGCCGCGGCCGGUGCGACUGCGGGGUCUGCAUCUGUCACGUGAGCGAGCCCGGCGUGUUCUUCGGGCCCCUGUGCGAGUGCCACGAGUGGGUGUGCGAGACGUACGACGGGAGCACUUGCGCAGGCCAUGGUAAGUGUGACUGUGGCAAGUGCAAAUGUGACGAAGGAUGGUUUGGGGAUGCCUGCCAAUACCCAGCUCACUGUGACCUGACAAAGAAAAAGAGUAACCAAAUGUGCAAGAAUUCUCAAGAUGUCAUCUGCUCUAAUGCAGGUACAUGUCACUGUGGCAGGUGUAAGUGUGAUAAUCCAGAUGGAAAUGGCCUUGUUUAUGGUAAAUUUUGUGAGUGUGAUGAUAGAGAAUGCAUAGAUGAUGAAACGGAAGAAAUAUGUGGAGGCCAUGGAAAGUGUUACUGUGGAAACUGUUACUGCGAGGCUGGUUGGCAUGGCGAUAAAUGUGAAUUCCAGUGUGAUAUCACCCCCUGGGAGAGCAAGCGAAGAUGCACAUCUCCAGAUGGCCAAAUCUGCAGUAACAGAGGGACUUGUGUGUGUGGUGAAUGUUCUUGCCACGAUGUUGACCCAACUGGAGACUGGGGAGAUAUUCACGGGGACACCUGUGAGUGUGACGAAAGGGACUGUAGGGCCGUCUAUGACAGAUACUCUGAUGACUUCUGUUCAGGUCACGGACAGUGUAAUUGUGGAAGAUGUGACUGCAAAGUAGGCUGGUAUGGGAAAAAGUGUGAGCACCCACGUUCCUGCCCACUGUCAGUAGAGGAGAGCAUCAGAAGGUGCCAAGGAAGCUCGGAUCUACCUUGCUCUGGAAGGGAAAAAGAAACUGGAAAUUUGAAUAGUUUGCCAUCUUACAUAGUAAGUGCCAGAGUUGCAAGUUUUUAUACAGACUUUUAUUACAAGCCGUCCAACUUCAGAACUGUUGUUUUAGAUUGUGUAUUCGUUCUUUUAACAUGCCAAUUGGUUGAGCAAUAUGUAAUGACUACAUUUCCUUGUUGAAAACAUUUUUAUGCAAAAUCGUUGAUGUUGCUGCAUCGUAUUCCCUAGCAUAGUUGUAGUAUAGUAUCUAUAGCAUAGUAUAAGAUAGGAUAGUAUAUAGUAGUAAUAUAGUAUAGCAUUUAUACUAUAGAUUUAUACUAUAGAUUCCCUAAUAUAGUUUAGUGUAGUAUCUGUAGUAUAGUAUCUACAGUAUAGAUAUCCUAGUAUAGUUGUAGUAUAAUAUCUAUAAUAUAGUAUCAUAUAGUAUAAUCAAUUCCCUAAUAUAGUUGCAGUAUAGUAGCUAUAGCAUAUUAUACUAUGGUAUCUACAGUAUAGUAUAGUAUCAUAUGCUAUCUAUAGAUUCCCUAGCAUAGUACAAGUAUAGUAUUUACAGCAUAGUAAAAUAUAAUAUAGUAUAGUAUAGAUUCCCUUGUAUAGUUGUAGUAUAGUAUCUAUAGCAUAGUAAGAUAUAGUAUAGUACAGUAUAGCAUAGCAUAGUAUAGUAUAGUAUACUAUCUAUAGUAUAGAUUCCCUAGUAUAGUUGUAGUAUAGUACCUAUAGCAUAGUAUGGUAUAGAAUAGUAUAGCAGUAUAAUAUAGUAUAGUGUAGUCUUUAUAGUAUAGAUUACCUAGUAUAGUUCCCUAGUAUAGUUGUAGUAUAGUAUCUAUGGCAUAGUAAGGUAUGGUCUGGUAUGGUAUGGUCUGGUCUGGUAUGGUAUGGUAUAGUAUCUAUAGUAUAGAUUGCCUAGUAUAGUUGUAGCAAACAAAUCUAAUCAUUCCUCCUCUAUUAGAUUAUCUAAAUCAUCUCUUACUUUGUUCAAGUUCUAAAUGCUGUAAUUUACAUUCUUGUAGCAGAAAAUUUGCACAAUUUUUUCUUAGAUGUAGAAUGUACAUCUAAAUGUAUACCAAUAUAAUAAAUAUUUUCAAUAAAAAAAAUUACCCAAACAAAUCAUUUUCUCUAGAAAAAGUGGACUAGUAUACCCUCCUACCAGGAACAUAGCAAAGGUUCCCUUCACUCACCAAUGGUGACAACUGCAAUACUAAGCUGUUCUUAAUACAUUUUGCUCUUAGUUUUAUGGGCUCACCAUUUAUCAAACUCCUUUCAUUGACUUCUGUAAUCAUCAAACAAAUGAUGUAUCUACAGACAUUAUUAUUCAGAAGCUUGUGUUUGCUGUAUUUGCCUUUUUGGAUCAUCAUUUGUCCUUGUGUCUAAGUCAUCUUUUUGUUUGGUCUGUUCUCACAUGUUUUUACUUGUCCUCUCUGCCCUUUGGUUUUCUUUCAUCAGACUUGUUCUAAGAGGUUUUGCGUAUGUUUUAGUCCUUAAACACACAUAAGCAUUUACUCCCACAAGGGAAAGUGGGAAGUAGAGGAAGAAUGAUAAAUUAAAGCUAAUUAUUUAAUAUUGUAGCUUUUAGAAAAUAGAAACUAUGUCCUCAUUUUUAUCAAUUAGUACAUUUUAAUUAAUGAAUUAAGCAAGUUGGUUCAAUUCCCUUAGCUAGAAACAUACUUUCAAAGAAUAAUAGCAUGCCAAAUUCCCACCAUCUGGAGAUUUUUCAAUUUGAGAGAUAAUUUAUCUCUUUUACUGGCAAAAGACAUCUUUAAAUUUUCUUUUUAUUUUAUCAGAGAAGUUUCCCUUUAGGCAUGUAUUUUUUUUAACCUAUGUGAUUUUUACUCUGAUUUUUUGACAACUGAAUCAUAAUUUUUCUCAUUCAUGUGCACAGAGAUGUUUUUUGGAACAGACAAGGAAAGUCCUCCAAUGAACGUAUUUUAAAGACUUUGUUUGGGAGGGUGGAUCUUUGUAUAUUUUUACUAAAUUAUUUUGUAGCUUUAUUGAAGUAUAAAUGAUAAACCGAAAGAUAGCACAUAUUUAAUGUAAACAAUUUAUUGAGUUUGGACGUAUGUAUACACCCAUGAUGUCAUCACCACAAUCAAGGUCAUAAAUAUAUCUAUGCCUCCAAAUACAGUAAAACCUUGGUUUGUGAGCGUAAUUCGUUCUGGAAACAUGCUUUUAAUCCAAAACACUCAUAUAUCAAAGUGAAUUCCAAGAACUAUUGGCUCAGUUGUGAUCAUGUGAUCAUCACCAGUAGCAUCACAUACUACUGGUAUUUGCAAGUCAUCGCUCGUUGGUCAAGUUAAAAUUUAUGAGAAAUGUUUGCUCAUCUUGUGGAAUACUCACAGAUUAAAUUGCUCACAAUCCAA